AUGUCACUUGUCCGGCCCUUAAGAGUAUUGCUUUUGGGUGCACCGGGAUCUGGAAAGGGAACUCAAACUUCGAGGUUACUUAAACAAUUUCCUACUCUCAAUUCCCUAUCGUCGGGAGAUGUCUUGCGAACUCAGAUCUCGUUGGCCACUGAUCUUGGUAAAAAAGCUUCAAGUUACAUUGAAAAGGGACAAUUGGUACCUGAUAGCGUAAUGGUGAGCUUAAUAACGCAUCAAUUGAAUGCAUCUAGUUGGCUUCACAAGGAUGCCAGCUGGUUGCUCGACGGGUUUCCCAGAACCAUAAAUCAGGCGGAUGCCCUAGAUAAAGUGUUGAGCAAAUCAAAUUCGAGUCUAAACCUUGUAAUAGAGCUAGAUGUUGAUCAGAAGGUUAUUUUACAAAGAAUUGAAGCGAGGUGGGUUCAUAUCCCCAGUGGAAGAGUUUAUAACUUAGACUAUAAUCCUCCAAAGAUUCCUUUUAAAGAUGACGUUACUGGGGAGCCAUUGUCAAAAAGGGUCGACGAUACUGCUGAAGUCUUUCAGAAAAGGCUUGAUCUUUACAAUACCGAGAUUAAGCCUUUGAGAAAGUUUUAUUCAGAUAAAGGCAUAUUAGAAGUUGUAUCUGGUGCCACCUCUGAUAUUAUUUUCCCAAAAAUAAGAAAGAUGGUGAUAGAUAAAUUCUGCAAAUGA